AUGCGUCGCGCGCGGCGCGCGUGCCAGCGCGCGCUCGGCGCCGCGCGCGGCGCGCGCGCGGCGACGACGCUGACGUCGACGUCCGUCGACGCGCGCGCGUCGACGCGCGCGCGCGGCGCGACGCGGCGGCGCCGACCGCCGACCGAGCGCGCGCUGCCGAGACUCCCGCCGACGACGCUGACGCCGCGACCGGGCGACCGCGAGCGCUACGCGCGAUCGCUGCGAGAGCAAUUCGCGCGAUGCGCCGUCGUGCGGGAGCGCGAGCACGGCGUGCCGAGGGCGACGCGAUUGACGCGAGACGCGCCGGGGGGGACGACGCGCGCGCUCGAGCGGCUGCGAAGACGGGCGGGGGCGGACGCGUACGUCGUCGGAGGCGCGGUGCGGGAUUGGAUCGCGCUCGGGGAGCGGGCGAAACCGCGAGACGUGGAUCUGGUGACGAGCGCGACGUACGAGGAGAUCGAGGCGGCGAUGGAUGGACGGGCGAAGGUGGUGGGACGACGGUUUCGAGUGGCGCUGGUGCGCGCGAACGCGGGACGGUGGAUCGAGGUGGCGAGCUUUGAGAGCGAGGGCGAGGGCGAGGGCGAGGGCGAGAGUGAGGAAGACGCGACGCGCGCGGACGCGGAGGGCGCGCCGGUGACGGCGAGUGGGGAGACGGAUUACGACGCGAUGUUGCGACGGCGGCGCGCGGAGCGAGCGAAGCGCGAGGCGACUUCGACGUCGACGACGUCGUCGCGACGAGCGUCGACGACGGAGACGAUCGCGGAGGAUGGAUCGCGGGAUGAUUUCGCGAGAUUGUUGGCGGUGCACGAUAACGCGAGGAGGCGCGAUUUCACGGUGAAUGCGAUGUAUUACGAUCCGUGGAGGAAUGAAAUUUUAGACUUUCACGGCGGGAUGAACGACACGCACGCGGGCGUCGUUCGUACGGUGGGCGACACGAACGUGAGUUUGAGGGAAGAUCCCGUGCGGAUGUUGCGUGCCAUUCGUCUCGCCGCGCGUCAUGGAUUCACGAUGACGAAAGAGUUGCGAGCGGCUUUGAGGGCGUACGCGGCGACGCUCGCGUCGGCGUCUCCUCGUCGCGUGGCGUCAGAGAUCGAGACUUUGAUGCAGAACGGGUACUCCGAGGCGAGUUUCAAGCUACUCUGGCACUCGACGUUGAUGAAGUACGCGUUUCCGGUGCAGCACGAAUUUUUCAAACCGCGGUUGCCCAACAAAUCGUCGUUGACGUACGACUUGGAGAGUUUGGUAUCGCCGAAUCGCGACUUCGACGGCGGCGCGCGCGUGCUGUUCGACGCUUUGAAGGCGUACGACGGACACGUCUCAGACGAUAUCAGUAAAUCUAGUGUCGCACAAUGGCUCGCUAUCAUCGUCGCGCCGGUGGCGAUGCACAGAAUGGCCACGCGGCGCGACUCGGAGGAAGACCCGUACGCCUUGCCUCCGCGUUGGAGCGAUGUCGAUGCGGCGUCGCGCGAUGAGGUCAGAGCGCACUGGAACGCAUUUACCGCGUCCGUGCUCGACGUUUUCGACGAGAUGCUCGAGCGCACAGCCGCCGAAACGCGCGACGGAGGUCGAACGGAGCUGUCGAUUUUGAACAGAUCCGAGUGCGCGAGCGCGCUUUUGCUUCUCCUCGCGCACGGACCGGUGUUUGCCGACGCCCCGAGCGGGGACUUAAAAUGGCGUCACGCGUCGUUCGAAUCGCUCGUGGAUCGUGGCGAACGCGUAUUCGCCUUAGUAAAGACGAAGCGAAGGAACGAGUGGAGCGACGCCAACAAGGCGUCGCCGACAGCCGAAGCCGAAGUCGUUCGCGCCAGCCUCGAAGUCGCGACGACGACGACGACGCGAUAG